AUGUCAAAUCAUUCAAACAACAAUACCAUCAACGCAUCUGCUACUAAUGGAGCUACUACAACUUCAUCACCUUACUUGCUGCAGCCAAGUGACAAUCCAGGACUAUCCUUGGUCACAUGUCUGCUGAAAGAAGAUAAUUACUCCACAUGGCGUAGAGCUAUAACGAAUGCUCUAUUGGCAAAAACCAAGUUUGGUUUUGUUGAUGGAACUUACUUUGAUACAAGAAGAGAGCUAUGGGUGGAUUUGGAGGAACGUCUCUUGCAAGGCAAUGCGCCUCACAUUUACCAGCUCAAGAUGGAUAUUAUCAAUACUCAACAAAGGGAUGUCUCCGUGGCUGCUUACUAUAACAGACUGAAGGGACUUUGGGAAGAACAGAGUUCAUAUUUGCAGAUUCCCAUUUGCACCUAUGAAGCUACAAAAUCCUGGGCUGCCGAAAGAGAGAAGGAGAGAGUCCAUCAAUUUUUAAUGAGACUCCAUGACAAAUUUAAUGUAGUGAGGUCUCAGAUUUUAAAUACUGAUCCCUUACCUACCUUGGCUCGUGCAUAUGGAUUGGUAUCACAAGAGGAAAGACAGCAGCAGGUUUCGGUAGUGAAAAGAAAUAAUCCAGUUGAGGGGGCGACAUUCACCACUGCAAAAUCAACUAACAGACUAGCUGGCUCUCGGAACAUGGCCAGAAAUCAUGAUGUUUCCAAAUUGUUUUGUGAGCAUUGUAAGCGUGCAAGACAUACGAAGGAGACUUGCUUUGAGAUACAUGGGUAUCCAAAUUGGUGGGACAAGAAUAGAAAGGGAAAAGGGAGGUCAGCCAACAACAGCAAGGUUGGAGAAGAAAGUGUUUCUAACUCGGUUGGCAGAGCAAAGCAGUUGUCUUGUUGA